AUGGGAAAGUUUUAUGACGAAAUAAGCGCAGACCAGCAGGAGUGGAUCCACAAGCAAAAGAUGUUUAUCGUCGCAUCCGCACCCCUCUCCGGCACAGGAACCAUCAAUGCCUCACCCAAGGGAUAUGACUGCUUCCGCAUCAUCGACGCCAACAAAGCCUGCUACCUUGAGUUGGGAGGUUCGGAAGUAGAAACUCAAAGCCACGUAGAAGAAAACGGUCGACUCACAAUCAUGUUCAUGGCCUUCGAAGGAGAACCCAAAAUCCUCCGCCUCUUUGGCCGAGGCCACGUCUGCCGCGUCGACACCCCCGAAUACAACCGCCUCUACGACGCCCACUACCGCGGCACAUCCCCCGAUUUCGAUACCAUCGAAGGCAAACGGGCAAUCAUUGUGAUCAAUGUCGAAAAAGUCGGGAUCAGCAGUGGGCUCGGAGUACCCCAUUACGAGUUCAAAGAGAACCGAUCGACAUUGUUGGAUUAUUGGGGAAAGAAUACGGAGAAGAAGGUGGAGUAA